ACAGUGGAAAGUGUGAGGGGGGAGAGCAGAAGGAAAAGAUAAAUAAUUCUAUUUCCAUACUAUUCGGAGAGAGAGGGGGGAUUUGCGAAGUAGGUAUAGAAUAUUUGUCGAAAAACGUUCUUAAUCUCUGAUGAAACUUUUUAUUACGAAAGAAAUAUGAUUCUGAGGCAAAUUGGACUUUACGUUUGAAAGGUUUUUGCUUAGGUAAUUUACAAUAAAAAUUAUAUCCUAGAAAAUCGACUGCAAAAUUUGUCAAUGUUAUUGAUGCUUGGAAAGUUCUCUUAUUAUCGCUCAUUGUUGCUUUAUUAUAGGAUGGGUAUUCACGUUGAUGUUGGACCUAAUCAGAGAGUAAUUCUCAAUGGCAACUUUCUUCCUGUAACAUUUCGUAACCAAUCUAAAGAAUUGGCCCGAGAUGUUGUUCAUUAUGUCGCAUGCCCCCAAGACGCUCCUCAGCCUCGCAAUAGAAGGAUACAAAUUAUGCGGAAUUUGGUGGACGAUAUGAUUAAGGAUCGCGAACAAAUGCUUAAAGAUAUGGUUAAAGCUUUAGAUAUUCAGGAUGCUAGUCAAUUAAAACUUAUACAUAAUAUUGCAACACAAAUGUUCGACGAUCAAGUUGUCACUUGGGGCCGAAUAGUCACUUUGUAUUCCUUUUGCUCCUAUUUGGCUAGAGGUUGUCUCCGGGUAAAUAUUGAUGAUUGUACAGAUGCAAUUGCCGACAUUCUUUCCGAUAUCGUCAUCAAUCGAUUAGGCCUGUGGAUUGUUAGCAACGGUGGAUGGAAAACAUUCGAACAGCAAUUCCCGGUUAUCUGUGCGUGGAUUCCAAUGGGAGUAUGGAAAGGCUUAUUCGUUGCAGCAAUUCUACUAGCCACAAUAUUUGGAUUGUACAUUUCCUUUACAACGUUGAAGCCAAAAAAGGUGUAAGAAAAGAAAAUGGGGUGACGGGGAAGAGAGAACUAAAACGAAAAUAUAUUCAAACAUUAAGGAGGAAUAUUGAACAUUUUCAUGAUAAACAAAAACACGUCUAAUUACAAUUGUAUACCACAGCCUAUUUCGUUUAAUUUAUAGCUUUUAUUUAGCUUAUCAUCUGUGAGAAAUCAUCAUGUUGCGAAGUCUAUAGUAUUUUAAAUAUUUGUUUUCUUCUUUUUGCUUUCUUAUCUCACUCGUUCUCUUGUUUUCCUCCCUCCUUCCCCUCCUUUUUUCUUUCUUUCCUUCCUUGUCUCAGUAUAUUCUAGUGAAAAAAAA